AUGGCUCUCGAACAAAUUUCCCAUCUUGCUUCCCCGGAUGGUGAUACUAUGCAGCGAAUUGCUGCCUAUUUUACUGAAGCACUUGCUGAUCGGAUACUUAAAACAUGGCCUGGUCUCCACAAGGCCCUCAAUUCUACUAGAAUAGUCAUGGUUUCCGAAGAAAUUCUGGUCCGGAAGCUGUUUUUUGAGCUGUUCCCAUUCUUGAAGGUGGCGUUCGUGCUCACAAAUCAGGCUAUCAUGGAAGCAAUGGAAGGAGAGAAGAUGGUUCAUAUAAUUGAUCUCAAUGCUGCUGAACCUGCACAGUGGAUUGCACUCCUCCAAGUUUUGAGUGCUCGGCCUGAAGGCCCUCCUCACUUGAGAAUUACUGGGGUUCAUCAACAGAAAGAGAUUCUGGAUCAGAUGGCUCAUAGGCUGAUUGAAGAAGCAGAAAAGUUGGACAUCCCAUUCCAGUUCAAUCCUGUUGUGAGCAAGUUAGAGAAUCUUGAUUUUGACAAACUCCGUGUGAAGACUGGAGAAGCACUAGCAAUCAGUUCGAUUGUCCAAUUACAUUCGCUUUUGACAUUGGAUGAUGAAUUGCGCAGAAGACCUCCUCUCCUAACAAAAUGCUCAAAUGGAAGUCAUCUACAAAGAGCCGUGCCAAUGAAUCAGAGCUCAUUAGGUGAUUUGCUUGAGAAGGAUAUGAUCAAUAAUAGGUACAGCCCAAGUCCUGACUCGACCUCAUCAUCCCCAGCAUCGUCAAUUGCUUCAAUGAGCAUGGAGAGCUUUCUCAAUGCCUUGUGGGGUUUGUCUCCCAAAGUCAUGGUUGUGACAGAACAAGACUCUAAUCACAAUGGUUCAACUCUAAUGGAGAGGGUAUUAGAAGCUCUGUACUCUUACGCAGCGUUGUUUGAUUGUUUGGAAUCCACAGUCUCAAGAACAUCAAUGGAGAGAUUAAAGGUGGAGAAGAUGCUUUUCGGUGAGGAAAUCAAGAACAUUGUUGCGUGUGAGGGAGCUGAAAGAAAGGAAAGGCAUGAAAAGCUUGAUAAGUGGCUACAGAGGCUUGAUCUUGCCGGGUUUGGGAAUGUGCCUUUAAGCUAUUAUGGGAUGUUACAAGCAAGGAGAUUACUACAGAGCUAUGGCUGUGAGGGAUACAAAAUGAGGGAGGAAAAUGGCUGUGUUGUUAUUUGCUGGCAGGAUAGGUCACUUUUUUCAGUAUCAGCAUGGAGACCUAGGAAGUAAAAUGGAAAAAUCUAGAGCCCAAAAUGGAAAAAGGAAAAAAAAAAAAAUAGAGGAAGAAGCACUGAUCAGUUUAGGACUGCUCUUAUUAUUUGGUGAACACCACAUGGAGAAGUGGGGAAAAACAAGGGAGGGAAAAAGUGACUGUGAGAGUGAAAGAGAAGAAGAAGCAAUCUUUCUGAUUCUCUCUUUAUUGUUGCUGCUUUAAUUAUAUAUGAAUAUGAAUUCCUAUACUCAUGACUACAUAUUUCUGCUGCUUAUUAUUCACUUUUUCAGUGCAAUCAUUUUUCCCCAUUUAAACUACUGGGGAAAAGAUUAUUUUCUUCCUCAUUUCCUUCAUGGCGGAAUUGGUUGUACUGAUUCCUGAGGAAAGAUAGACAAAGGUAAUGCCUUUUGUAAUAUAUUUUAUAUGCUGUUGGCAUUUUUCUGUAGUGUUUAUAGAGCAGCUGUGCGAUUCAUGUAACUGACCCUAACCGUACCUAAUAGGAAAAAGAUAAGGUUUGUUAUCGAUA